CGGUGGUGAGGGGGAGCGCCGGGGCUGGCGGAGGUUGUGUCGGAGUCUGCUGCAGCCUCCCCCGGCCAGUGUCAGCGCGGUGAGUCCGGCCGGACGGCUCCCAGCAUAUCUUGGUACAGAAGACUGGACAUAAGGUGGAAAGGAUGAAAGGUUCAUUCUGAGGUUGACUCAUUGUUCCUUAGCCUUCCUGCCCCCCUUUGAAGGGGGAGACAAAAACCUGUGCUCGUAAGAGCCUCCCUAAAAGCGAGGAAGCUGGCAUUAGUGCUCCUUUCAGUCUGGCUGCAUGUUUAGUAUGCGGAUUGUGCCUCCUCACUAAUGAGAGGGAGAAUGGGAACCCAGGGAAGCCCUGUGAAGAGCUAUGAUUAUCUGCUCAAGUUCCUGUUGGUAGGAGACAGUGAUGUUGGGAAAGGAGAAAUCCUGGAGAGCCUUCAAGAUGGAGCGUCGGAAUCCCCUUACGCCUAUAGCAAUGGAAUUGACUACAAGACCACCACUAUCUUGCUGGAUGGCAGAAGGGUCAAGUUGGAACUCUGGGACACAUCUGGCCAGGGAAGGUUCUGCACCAUUUUCAGAUCCUACUCCAGAGGUGCUCAGGGAAUUCUCUUGGUGUAUGACAUCACUAACCGUUGGUCCUUCGAUGGGAUAGACCGCUGGAUAAAGGAAAUAGACGAGCAUGCUCCAGGUGUCCCCCGGAUUUUGGUUGGAAACAGGCUUCACCUAGCCUUCAAGCGACAGGUGCCCACGGAGCAGGCCCGUUCCUACGCUGAGAAGAACUGCAUGACAUUCUUCGAGGUCAGCCCACUGUGCAACUUCAACGUGACUGAGUCCUUUACGGAGCUGUCUCGCAUCGUGCUAAUGCGGCAUGGCAUGGAGAAGAUCUGGAGACCUAACAGAGUGUUCAGCUUACAGGACCUCUGCUGCCGUGCAAUAGUCUCCUGCACACCGGUCCACCUCAUUGACAAGCUGCCACUGCCUGUCACCAUCAAAAGCCACUUGAAAUCCUUCUCCAUGGCCAAUGGAAUGAACGCAGUGAUGAUGCACGGCCGGUCAUACUCCUUGGCUAGCAGUGGGGGCGGGAGCAGCAGCAAAGGUAACAGCUUGAAGAGAUCCAAAUCAAUCCGCCCACCGCAGAGCCCCCCACAGAACUGCUCACGCAACAACUGCAAGAUAUCUUAGCAAGACUGUAAUGCUGUGUGCUCCAAACACACCCACCCACCGAUGUACAGAUGUUUGCACACGUAACCCUUUUCAAUAGGAUCCUUUUGAACGUUUCUGGGUCACUUUUUUGAUGACAUGCAUAGCUUUGGGAAACGAGUUCAGCUUAACGUUCAGACCAUCAUAUCGACUGGAUCCCACAUCGCUGGUAAAGGGGACGGUGCCAAGUGAACCUUCAGGAAUGCUUUGGGAUUUUCCUCAGCCUGGGUGGAAAACUCAGCAGCUGCUGGCAUGGGGGAGGGACAAGCUCGUCCAGUCUUGGCAGAGGAGGGGAUUUAGCGGAAGAUCAAGAGGCUUAUGGGGUGGUCAAGGGAGAAUCUGUGCUGCAAUUGUAACUCUUGAACUCCCAGAUGCAUUGCUGGUGUGAUAGUGAACAGUGGACUUCUAAGAAUAAACGGGGCAUAAGAUGAUGGCAAAUUCUACCUGGACUUUAACCUGCCAUUGACAAAAAAGAGGCAAGAGUUGGCCAAUUGGGAAUCUGAAGGAAGCAGUCCUGCUUGCCUUUCAUUUAUUUAUAUAAAAAUUAUAGAGAGAUCUCACAUUUUUUUACCUUUUU